AUGGCGUCCGCCGUGGCAACCAUGUCCUCUGAGGACAAGAUCAAGGACCUUUGCGAGGAUAUCGACCUACAAAAGUUCAUCUACGAGGACCUGCAGGACAGGGAGCCGGGUGAGUCGGAGGAGUCGCAGGAGAUUCUGAGGACCAUCCGGAAUCUUGAAGCGCAGGUGGCUGCCCUACUGGGUGGUGAUUCCGGUGGCCCUGCCUCUACCCAGAGCGUGGAGUUACCCCAGGACACGCCUCCUCCAGCGCCCGUGGCCGCAACGGCGCCUCCCCGACCUACACAGGAAAGGUAUAGGCCUUCCCCCGGACCUGUGGUUAUGUCUGGCUCCAGGCCCAGAGCCCCACCGCCUGCGGAACCUCUGUUGCCCAGCAUGCACACUCCGCACCUUCCAUCUAGCGCAACUUCUAGGUUGCCAGGGCCAGAUUCUGUAUCGAAUUCGUAUUGGCCUUCGUCUGCUCCAUCACCCUUUGUCAUUCAGCAUCCGAACAUUCACCCAAGCCAGGAGUCAUCGUCUCGUGAUUCCUCUCGCAAGAGAUCCCGCCAGGAUUCAGGCAGCUCCCCGCAUCAACAUGGUCCGUCAAAGUAUCGAUCGCGCAUCAACCCAUCUCCAAAUCCACCGAGACCGCAGCCUUCACGAACCAGGCAGACACUAGAGGAAAAACUGGCCGAAAACAGGGAGGCAUACGAGGAGAUGAUGGAACCCGGCUCUGUGGAAAUGACAGCACAGCUGGAGAGGAUCUCGCCGUCCACCGUCAUUGCCAAUCUUCGGAAAGAGGAAGCGGACCAAGCAAGACUCAUCCGUGAAGAAUUUCAAAUGGAGCAGGACGCUGAACUUGCUCGCACGCUCCAGGCCCAGGAAGACGAGUAUAUUUCUCUGAGUAGCUCUGUCUCGCCUCCUCGGUUCCACCAGCCCCGGCCCUCCUUUGAGAAUAUCCCUGACAGAACUCAUUUCUCGAAGAUCAAGAAGGAUCCCGGUUAUCCUCUCAUCGAACCACCUCGUCACUAUGAAACUAUACUCGACGAAGAUGAUGACGAUUUUGAGGAAAUCUCGGGGGAUUAUUUUCAUUCUCGGUUUGGGGGUUCGUCUAUGGGACAGCCUAUGGGGAUGCCUGGAGCGUUUCCUGGAAUGUCUCACCCAGGGGGUUUGUAUAUGCCUCCAUCGUUGCCUCCCAGAAAUCUUCCAUGGCUGGGCGUGGACCCGAACGCCGCAGAAAGAAGCAUUGGUUUUGCCCAAGACGUGGCGAGCAAUGAGUUCUUGUAUGGAAACGAGGACGAUGAAGAUUCCGACGAUGUAGUCGAGCGCUAUGAAGAGAGAAACUUCCCAGUUGACAUCAAGAACCUUCUCACGGGUAUCAAAGAUAUCCGCGAAGCGACUAAAGCUGACAACGAGGAGACGCCCCAGUCGCUCCAGGUCACGCUCAUGAAGCACCAAAAGAUUGGCCUGAAAUGGAUGAAGGCCAAGGAAGAGAGUCCCCACAAGGGAGGCAUUCUCGCAGAUGACAUGGGUCUCGGGAAAACCAUUCAGGCCAUUGCUCUUAUUGCCUCUCGGCCGUUCACCGAUCCUGAUCGCCGGCCUACCUUGAUUCUUGCUCCGAAGGCGCUGCUGGAGCAAUGGAAGGCAGAGAUCGGGCGACAUGUCAAACCCGGGAAGGAUCAGCUAUCGGUCUUCAUUUUCCAUAACCUGACCCGACAUGUCCCAUGGCGAGAGCUGAAGAGUCACGAUGUUGUGAUUACAACUUUUGGCACGCUCGUGGCCAACUUCAAGUCGAUCCUUCAGGCAGAAAAAGCCUCGGAAGAGGGAAAGGACCCCAGCAUCGUGAGGCAGCUCCGUGAGCAGUCAUCGCUCUUCGGCCCGUCUAGCAAAUGGCACCGGAUUAUCGUCGACGAGGCACAGAACAUCAAGAACCCGCGCUCAAAGUCGUCCAAGGCAUGCUGCCGCUUGGAUGCUACGUACCGCUGGUGUUUGACGGGCACACCCAUGAUGAACCGCCUGGAAGAUCUGCAGGCUCUCAUCAAGUUUCUGAAGAUUCGGCCCUACAACAAUCCCGACAAAUUUAAAUUCACAUUUACCAGCCCUAGGUCGUAUAGGAGUCAGCCUGAGGUGAUUAUGGCAAUGCUGCGUGUCUUGGUGAAAGCUAUCUGCCUUCGCCGUACUAAGAAGACGAAGAUCGACGGCCAGCCUAUUCUGCAGCUACCACCGAAAGUGGUGGAGAAGACCCAUGUCGUGUUUAGCGACCAAGAAAAUGAGAUGUACAGAGAGUUGGAGAAGAACACACAGGGCCAGAUCGAGCGGUAUCUGGAUGCUGGCACCAUGGGCAAAAAUUACAGCCAUAUCCUGGUUCUUCUCCUCCGUCUCCGACAGGCUUGCUGCCACGCUCACCUUCUGAAGGGGUUCCGUAUCGGCCUCGAUCUGCCCACAGCCGUUCCGGGUAUAGAUCUUAUCGCCAAUGCUAAGCUCUUGAGUCAAACGGUAGUGGACCGGCUCAAGAAUAACGCAGGCGAAGAAGACGGCACUUGUCCUAUCUGCAUGGACAGCGUGGAAAACGCAGUGAUCUACAUUCCCUGCGGACACUCCCUGUGUUCCGAGUGUUUUGCUCGAUUCUCUGGCCCUGUGGCGGAUGGCCCGGGUGAUCUAGAGGCUUUGAUUAAAUGCCAGAACUGUCGUGGGCCUGUCGAUCCUCGCACGAUUACGGACGGGCAGUCAUUCAAAAAGGUCCACGACCCGGACUCACUCCCCCCCUCCGAAAUCGACGAUGAGCCAGAACCAGAGAAACAACAAGAGGAACCAGAACCGGAAGAAUCGGAGCCUGACACAGAUGAAGAAGGUUCAAACCCCAAGAAACUCUCCCUGGCAGAGCUCCGCGCCGCAGCCCAGAAGAACAAGAAGGAGAAGAACAAGUACCUGCGCCGUCUGGAGAAGACGUACGUGCCCAGCUCGAAGAUCGAGAAAGCCAUGGAGAUCCUGCAAGCCAACGAAGACCGCGGCAACGACGAGAAGACCAUCAUCUUCAGCCAGUUUACCUCGCUGCUGGAUCUGCUAGAGGUCCCUAUCAAGCGCCGCGGCUGGGGAUACGCCCGCUACGACGGCAGCAUGGCUACCAAGGACCGCCUUGAGUCCGUCACGGUCUUCUCGCAGGACCCGGCUUGCAAGAUCAUGCUCGUCUCGCUCAAGGCGGGCAAUGCCGGUCUGAAUCUCGUCUCUGCGUCUCAUGUCAUCGUUUUUGAUCCAUUUUGGAACCCUUAUAUUGAGGACCAGGCCGUUGACCGCGCACACCGGAUUGGUCAGACGAAGGAUGUCUUUGUCCAUCGCUUGCUCGUCACCAAUACCGUUGAGGAUCGCAUUAUCGAGCUCCAGGAUAAGAAGCGCGAUUUGAUCGACGGGGCCCUCGACGAGGGUGGCAGUAUGAACGUCGCUCGGUUGGAUCACAGGGAACUAGCAUAUCUCUUCGGUGUUCGCGACUAA